GGCACCACUUGCAAAUAACGUGGCAACCUUCCGCUUGUGUAAUAAAAACAUUUGGUUGAAUAAAUUAUUGUUAAAAAUUUUAAUUAAUGUAAUUUUUGACCAAAAAUACCUACACACAAGCUGUGUUUGUACUUUCCACCAUUCUCUUAGGUUGCCCUUUGAAAACAAAUGUGCAUUCAUAUAUAUCAUAAUCCCGUUCAAUUUGUUGAAUUAAUAGCUGACAACCCAGCAAGAUGCUGCCCGCCAUUGUGUUCCGUCAAGUGCACCGUCCGCUCAGCGCCGGUGGCUUGCAUCAUGGAGCCGCAACAACAUUGAAGCAUGUGCUCGGCGUUGGAGGCAGCAGUUUUGUGAACUGUCUAAACCGCUAUGCCGCUGCUACAGGUUUCAUACGCAUAUCUUUUUUAGAUAUCAAUCAGCAUCGCAAUUGGGAUGUGGCUAGACUUCGUCUCUAUGCGGAUGCCAAAAAGAAAUCACUACAUCUGCGCACACUACAAGGCAGAGAUUUGCUCCAGGGCGUCAUCGAUAAGCAACGUGCAGAGUUUAUUGAGCGCAAGAACUUCCUGGUAGAUGAUAUACGCGAGGCCCGCUAUAAGGUGCAGGAACGUGUGCGGGAAAAAAUUGUCGAGAUACGCGAAGAGCGUGAAAAUAUCAUGACUAUACCUAAUAUGCUGACCAUAAGCCGUGCCAUACUAUCGCCCUAUAUUGGAUACGUUAUUGUGCAGGGUAACUACACGCUAGGCAUGAGCCUGCUAGUCGUUGCCGGCAUAACAGAUCUGCUCGAUGGUCAGAUUGCGCGUCGCUGGCCCUCGCAGGCCAGUAAGGCAGGAUCUUUUCUGGAUCCCAUGGCCGACAAACUUCUAAUGGGAUCCUUAGUUAUUUCGUUAUGCUACAGCGAGCUGAUGCCUAUGUGGCUAACUGGUGUUGUUGUAUUCCGUGACUUAUUCCUUAUUGCCGCUGGCUUUGUUAUACGCUACAUUAGUCUUCCGCCCCCAAAAACGUUUUCACGUUAUUUUGAUGCAACCCAUGUGACCGCCCAAUUGGAACCAACAUUAAUCAGCAAGAUAAACACAGGUGUGCAGCUGGCUACAAUUGGUAUUAGCCUCGGCGCACCGAUAUGGAAUUAUAUAGAUCAUCCAGCUUUGCAUGGACUUUGGUAUUUAACAGGCGUCACAACAAUCGCCGCCGCCCUCAGCUAUGUCAUUAAUCGACGCAAUACUUUUAAGAUUAUAAAAAAGAAGACGUAACUGAGCAUUUCAUCUAUUAUUAAAACUAAAAACAAAAAACGUAAAUAGUAAUAGAACAUUAACUGCAA